UGCGGGUCCUACGUACGCAAAUGGCGUAAAUAGAUCCAGAUACCACUCGAAAAUGGACCGUAAAACAGAAAUAGGUUGGAUUCAGAAAUGCGCUCUUUUCGUACGCAGAGGCAUUGUGGUCAUUCAAUAAGAUUCACGCGGACUGUUGACAAACAGAAGCUCUUAAGUUGUUUAUUUACGGCAUCUGAGCUGGAUUUGAGCCGCAACGUGCAGAAGGCUGUUUGCAUGUUGUGGAUGCUGGGCUUCACAACACACCACAGGUAGAGUCAGUGGUGCCAAGGGCCUCCUAUCAAAGCACAAGCACUGAACAUGGUGAGGCUGGAGUUGGACCAGGUGGUCAUGAGGAGGAUGAAGGAGGACGACAUUGAAGUAGUGAAAGCCCUUGUUAAGGAAGGCUGCGAGGGCACAGAGAACCGUCUCAUCUUGCACAUCCUCACACGUCCGCUCUGCCUUUUCAUCCUGGCUGUUUUCUCCUCCAUCCUGCGCUGCCUUGUUCACUCCUUCAUCCUGGCCCUCGCUAUCCCUGUGUUCCUGCUGAUUGUUUUUCUCAAGAUCACCAUGCCACGGUCGACGGGGGUCCUGGGCAGCAGCCGCCCCUACUGGGACUACGUUGGCAGUAGCUACAGAGGCCAACAGGACGAGACGCUACAGAAUCCCUACUGCAGGAUCAGUGGGAAAACACCAGGAACAAAAAAGCAACGGCGCAGAAUUGGAUCUAAAGACAAAGACAAGGAAACAUCUUCAGAGAAGAUCACUGAAGAGAGAGAGCAAGCAGCAGGUCAGGUGUGGGUGGCAGACUGCGAAGGGGAUAUCGUGGGCUGCGUCUUCCGUGAGAGCGAGACGCGUCCGAGCGCGAGGAGGAUCUGCAGGCUUGUGACGGGCUGCUGGUACCGCCGGGAGGGUCUGGGUCGUCUCCUGGUCCAGAGUCUGGAGCUGAAGGAGAGGGAGAGCGGCGCACGGAGGGUGUACGCGCACGUCCCCUACCCGUCCAAAGUAGGCGAAGCCUUCUUCAGGAAAGUGGGCUAUCGGCAGCUGGGAGAGGCGGCUGAUGAAGAAGAUGACGAUGAGAUGAAGAACGAGACCCCAGAGAGAGGUUUUAUGGGGUACCCUCUCACUAAGGUGUUCUACAAGGACUUGUGAUUGACCAUCGAGUCAAAGCGAUUAGGAUAACGGCACACGUUUUACUUGUUUUCGCUUGAAUUAUGCGAUAUUAAUGAAAGUAUUUAUUUAUUUAUCAUGUGCGUCGGCGCCAUUUAAUAAUAAAUGACAUCUCCAUUUUUGAUGAAGCAAUCGGUUUCUCUUUGUUUUCUCAAGCAAAAAAGACAUAGCAGAGUCUGAGAUGUGCUGUACUUUGCACUCGUUUGAUCAAGUAAAUCAUUUCUGUCGAGUCUGUCUCUAGCUUGCAUCCACGCGUCUGUUUCGUCAAGCACUUCAACGCCAACAACGCGAUGCAUCUGAGCGACCGAAGGCGUUCGCUCUGGUGUGAAACGAUACAGAUGUGUAGGUGUUUGUAGAGUUACUGUAGAGGAAGUGUGUGUGGUUUAUGUGAAUGUGCAGAAUUUAUCUGCCUUUAUCUCAGCGCUCCUUGUCUGUCACUGCUCACCUUCACACACACACAGAGAUUGUGACUCUGCAGAAACAGAUGCUCCCUUUUGUUUCGGUAAUAAUUGCAGUUUUCUUACAUUUCAGAUAUUGAUCAACAGGUUUUAUAUUAAUUCUUAAAUGUUUGUGGUAUUCAAAGGAUUUUUUUUUUUCAUUUUAAAGAAAGCGCAAUCUCAGUUUUUUUUUUCAGUGAAAUGUUGCAACAUUUAACUGUAUGAUGCCUUUUGAAAGUAUUUGCACUCCUUGAGCUUUUACAUAUUUUGUCACAUCAAAAUCAUACAUUUCUAUGUGGUAUUUAAGGAUUUUGUCAUGAGACAGACAAACUCAAGAUGGCACACAACUGAGAAGGAGUAGGAAAAUGAUGCAUGUCUUUUAAGAAUUUUUGCAAUUAAAAAUCUAAAAACAAA